AUGUCGUCCAAAGUUCAAAAGAUUAUGGUUCAACCCAUUAACCUUAUUUUUAGAUACCUGCAAAAUAAAUCAAGAGUACAGAUUUGGUUAUUUGAAAAGACUGAUUUGAGAAUUGAAGGACAAAUUAUUGGGUUUGAUGAAUUCAUGAAUUUGGUACUUGAAGCUGCUGAAGAAGUUGACGUAAAGAACCAAACUAGAGUCAAGAUUGGACGCAUUUUACUAAAGGGAGACAACAUUACACUGAUACAAGCAGCCUAA